AUGGGUAUUUCAAAGGGCGAUUCGAUCAUCAUCGUGGGCGCUGGCGUGUUCGGUCUGUCCGCCGCGUUAGAAUUGAAACAGCGCGGAUACACCGAUAUCACUGUUUUGGAUCGAUAUGCGCCUCCAGCAGUAGAUGGAAGCAGUGUCGAUCUGUCACGUAUCAUCCGAAUUGACUAUGCUGAUCCGGUAUACUGCCAAAUGGCUCGCGAAGCCUACCAGGGCUGGACGACAGAGUACAAAGAUGAGUACUAUGAGUCAGGAUUUGCAUUGCUGUCUGAAACUCCCCGGAACGACUGGAUCGAGAAUUCCAAAGCAACAGUCCUCGCAAAUGGUGGCACUGUGGAGGAUCUCAAAGAUGCUACUCAGUUGCUCAAGUCAUACCCGAACAUUCAGGCCGAUCUCGCCGGCAUGAACGGGUAUCUGAACCGGAGAGGUGGAUGGGCCGAUGCUGCCCGCAGCAUCCAGAAGCUGGCUUCGCGAUGCAGUGUGGAGGGUAUUUCUAUCAUCUCCGGACCUCGCGGGACCGUGAAAUCCCUGCGCCGAGAAGGCUCCCGAGUUGUAGGAGUCAACCUUCUGAAUGGGGGGUUCUUGCUCGCAUCCCAGGUCAUUGUUAGCACCGGAGCAUGGACAAAUCGUCUUUUGGAUGUUUCACAUGCCGCGUCAUCCUCGGGACAACCUGUCGGUUUUAUUCAACUGACCCCGGAAGAGGCCCAGUCCUUGGAAUCGACCCCUGUUAUGAUCAACAUGAGCUCGGGAGUCUUCUGCUUCCCGCCUUACCCGGGCUCUAACGUUCUCAAGCUCGCGCGCCACGGAUACGGCUUCGCAAAUGAAGUCACUGUCCAAGCCGAUGGAGUCACUCGGACUGUUUCAUCACCUAAGCUUGAGAGCAGCAAUGCACAGACAGGAUAUCUUCCUGAAGACGCUGAUGAAGGCCUGCGCCAAGGCCUUCGACAGUUCUUCCCCAAGAUUGGUGACCGGCCAUGGAUGAAUCGUCGACUUUGCUGGUACACUGAUACCCCGAAGGGUGACUUUAUCAUUGAUAACCACCCGGAACUGCAAGGUCUGUUUGUGGCUACUGGUGGAGCCGGACAUGGAUUCAAGUUCUUGCCUAUCCUGGGCAAAUACAUUGCUGACUGCUUUGAGAACAAGGCUUCUAAGGAGCUACGUGAGAAGUGGCGAUUGGCACCGGCGCCUGCUAACUCUGCGGCUUAUACUAUGAAGGGCGAUGGAAGCCGAGCUGGGCCUCCAUUGCGCCAGCUGACGCAUGUUGAAAAAGCGAAACUGUAA